AUGCUGAGCCGCCUCUCAGCCGGCACGCACUCCGGCAGCCGCGAACCACCGCUGCAACGCCUCGCCGGUUCCAUCGGGCUCCGGAGCCGAACGAGUGACAAUCAGGCUGAGAGCAACAACAGCCGAGCCGUCUUCGAGCGCUUUAGCCUUGACCUGAACCUCUUUCCCCGUUUUUAUUCUCGACGAGAGGUGACGAGGGCCGGCCUGUUCACCACUAGGUUUCGGCGAAUUUUCGGUGCAUUUGGCGAGAUCCCGGUGAGGGAGUUCCGUUCUUCGAUUGAAGAAGCCACUGACAGCGACCUUGCGGCAGAGGCAGGCAAAGAUGGUGAGCCAGGGCCACCCGAUUUUCUUACAGAUAUGACCACCGACGGGCCGCGACCUCUGCACCUGCACCACCCGACGAUCCCUCUUCCACCAGCGACCUUCUGUUCAGCUGCCGUCGCUCGAGCCACCCCGACAGACCCCAGCCACGAGCCUUCUGGUCAGCCGCGAGCCUCAAUCGAGCCCCGUCGAGGAAGCCGCGAUCUGGAACCUUGCCGAUGA